CAGUGAUGCUGCGCUCUUCUGAUAUAAAGAGUUCACUCGGUGCUCGGGCAGGCUGCACUGUGUGGAUGCACGGCCAAAAGGCAGCACACCUGACUCUCUCUAUCAGCCCGGCUUUCUAUAUGGCAGAGCAGUUGUGGAAGACUAAUAAGCUAAUGUUUUUGAAGUGAAAAAUGUACUCUUACCAUUCAGUUCCCGGAGAAAACACACUGGAAGUGGGCUUUGAAACAGCACACAAUAUUUUGAAUAUUAUUUGAAUCGUUGUUUUUUUUUUCGAUGAACCAGGACAUAAGCAGGAUCGCCAUCAUGGAUUGGACACUGGAUGUGAUUAACCUGACCAAUGCCCGCGCCGUGUUACUGGCCUGUGUCACGGUGCUGUUCUCCCUGCACCUGUGGCGCUGGCUCCGGCAGCGGGCGAUCCACAGACCGCCCGGCCCGCUCGCCUGGCCGCUCUUCGGGAACGCUCUGCAGAUGGGCAACGCGCCGCACCUGUAUUUCAUGCGAAUGGCGAAGAAAUACGGCAACGUCUUCCAGAUUAAACUGGGCUCUGUGCCCGUGGUGGUCCUAAACGGGGACUCCAUUAAAGCAGCACUGGUCAAGCAGGGAUACGCUUUCGCCGGCAGACCGGACUUCACUUCCUUCCAGUACGUCGCCGACGGGGACAGCAUCGCGUUCGGCACCAUGACGGACUGGUGGAAGAUGCACCGUAAAGUGGCUCAGUCCACUAUCCGGAUGUUUUCCGACGGGAACCCGCACACCAAAAAGACUUUUGAGCACCACCUCCUGUGCGAGAACAAAGGGCUGUUGCAGCUGUUCGUGGAGAAAACCAAAGAGCAGAUAUACUUCCAGCCCAUGACUUAUCUCGUGGUGUCCCAAGCCAACAUCAUGAGCGCGGUGUGCUUCGGGAAAAUGUACUCCUAUGAGGACGAGGAGUUCCUGCAGGUGGUGGGCAGGAAUGACCAGUUCACCAAGACCGUGGGGGCGGGCAGCCUGGUGGACGUGAUGCCCUGGCUCCAGUACUUCCCCAACCCCAUCAAAACCGUGUUUGAAAACUUCAAGAAGCUCAACCGGGAGUUCAGUGAAUUUAUUGGGGAAAAAGUGAACGAGCACAGGAAAACAAUCCAGUCAAGCAUCGUCCGAGACAUGACGGAUGCUUUCAUAGUGGCGCUGGACCAACUGAGAGACACAGCAGGGCUUUCCUUAGGGAAAGACUACGUGACCCCCGCCAUGGGGGAUAUAUUUGGAGCCAGUCAAGACACACUUUCAACUGCACUGCAGUGGAUCAUCAUCCUACUUGUCAAGUAUCCUAGGGUGCAGGUGCGUCUCCAGCAGGAGGUGGACAAGGUGGUGGGUCGCAGCCGGCUGCCCUCCAUCGAGGACCAGCUGCAGCUGCCUUACAUCAUGUCCUUCAUCUACGAGGUGUUGCGCUACACCAGCUUUAUGCCGCUCACCAUCCCCCACUCCACCACCACCGACACCUCCAUCAUGGGCUACACCGUACCAAAGAACACGGUCGUCUUCAUCAACCAGUGGUCCAUCAACCACGACCCCACCGUCUGGUCCCACCCGGAGAGCUUUGACCCGGAGCGUUUCCUGGACCCGAACGGAGCGCUGAACAAGAACCUGACCACCAACGUGCUCAUCUUCUCCCUGGGCAAGCGGCGGUGCAUCGGUGAGCAGCUGUCCAAGGUGCAGCUCUUCCUCUUCACGGCGCUGAUCGGCCACCAGUGCCACAUCACCGCCGACCCAGCCAGGCCCGUCACACUGGACUACCACUACGGUCUGACUCUGAAACCGCACCCUUUCUCCAUAGCUGUGAGUCUGCGCGAAGACAUGAGGCUGCUGGAUGUGGCGACCAGGCCGGCCGGCGCAGAGGAGGUCCAAGCCGAGCCCUCAUCACACUCAUGAACCGAAAAAUGAAAUACAAAACUGUAAUAAGCUAAACAAAUAAGGCUGAAACACAAAAAGACUUCUGAACUAUAUAUUUGUGGGCUGAAAACUAUAUUUAUAAGCUGAAAUCUUAAUCUUCUUUUAAAAAAUUGAAAUAAAACUUGGAAUGGUAACACAUUAGCAGAAAAACACUGCUAAAUUCUGCAGGUUUUUAAUUCUGGAUCACUGCUGAAAACCGUAAAAACAUUCUGCAGAUUCAGUUUGAGUCUGCUGCCUACUGACUCAUUUUUAAAGCGCCAGGAGGUAACAGGUGUGGCAUCUGUUUUCACAGGUUACCUUGGAUCAGUGUGCUUUUUUACAACGUCAAACACAAUCAGACAUACCAGCACCUUCUUUUGAUUCAUCAAGGAGGAGGACCUCAAUGAAGGCAACAAGCCUGAUAGCUGCUGUAACACACUCAUUUGGGUGUGAAUGCUAUUGCUGCGAGAACUAACUGAAAAUCAGUGUCAGAGUGUCUUCAUGCUUUCUAUUAACUUGCUUGAACAUUGUAUGAUGUCCCACGAAAUUACGGUGACCCCCUGGCCGGUCACGCGGCGACUGGUCACACUACAGUUUUUACAGUUUAAACGUCAACCAGUGGUCUAUUUUGUCUAUUUUGACCCUUUUAUGGUCCUAUACAGCAACAGCCUGGCGGGUACAGUAAUAAAUAUGUGGAAUACAUACGGCAUUACAGCGCUUUACUUUUUGUAAUUUUAUGUAGGAAUGCUUCAUGAAAUGUGAGCUUUUCAGGAAUCCCUUUAAUGUGGCUGCCAUUCUCAAUUCUUUCUUGCUAAUAACUGUUCCAAAACAUCUUUAAUGCAAUGGCAAAGCUUCUCGAAACAUACACGUGAUUUUUGAAGGUAAGCACUCAAAACUAGCAAUUGUUAUCAAUGUGACAAAAGUAAUGGCGCAGUGAUUCUGCGUGAACAGACGAAUAAGCUCAUGGAGUGUGCAUCAGCCUCAAUGUCUACUAAAAUAAAAUGUUCAGUACUAA